AUGUUCACGGCACCUGACGAGAAUAUCAAGCCGUCGCGGUAUCCUGACAAAACGAUUUUCGAGUCCCUCGUGGAUCCAGCGAGGAUCUAUUGUGCCUGCUGGAAGCACCAGCCCGCCCCUCGUGUGAUCCUCGUUUUCCAAGAAUCGCGGUAUCGCGACGCGUUAGAAAAAGAAAGGAGAGAAACGCGGGAAGUUGGCAGGGAAGAGUUCUCGAGGAGACGCGUGAAUACUAUUGGCGGGUCGUUAGAAGAGAUUUCGAUUCCGGUGUUCAACGUCUGCGAUGGGGAGACGCAGGAAAGAAGAUUUUGCAUAGGAGACAAGUUCUUCCUGUGUGAGAACAAAAUCCUGUGCGAGAGCGACUACGAGGAGAGACUGGUUUUUGCAAACAUGGCGGUACAUCCGCCAUCGACCGCGACGCUGGCGCACAUCAAGAGACAAGUGAUUCAUCUUCAACCACAGAUUAUGUCGCCGAGCCCGCAGAGAUCAGUUAACGGAGAGACAACCCAUAACCACAAUGGCUACGCAGCGCCAGCGAGCUCCAGCGCCCAUAACAUUCUAACCUCCAUGAACAAUUUGAACGGUAUCAAUGCACAAACGCCUUACGAUACCAAAUGACAAACGAAGUAAGCG